AUGCGCGAUUUCCACCAUCCUUAUACGCCAUACGAGAUCCAACAGCAAUUUAUGCAGGCUCUGUAUGGCUGUUUGGAAGAGAGCAAGAUCGCCAUCUUUGAAUCCCCUACUGGUACUGGAAAAUCCCUAAGCUUAAUCUGUGGCUCUUUGACAUGGCUACGGGACCACAAGCGCGAGGCGUUUCAAGAGACGGUCGACGAUGCAACAUGCGAUGAUGGUGAGCCAGAGUGGAUGAUCGAAUUUGCCAAGCGGGAAUCCCGCCGGGCCAUCACCGAGAAGCGACAGGAAUUUGAGGCUCGACUCGCCAAGGUUCGCCAGGAGGAAGAACGCCUAAAGCAGGCCCAGGACAGCGCCGAGCGGCCUAGAAAAAAGCAGCGACUUGACGAACCAGCGCCAGCGUCUGAGACUGCCGACGAAGGACAAUUUGUUCUCGAUGACUAUGACAGCGACACAGAGCAGAAAAAGCCUGAUUCUGGCAACGAUGGUCUGUCUGCGAGCACGUUGGCUUUAUUAGAACGGUUCAAAGGGCAGUUCUCUUCCCAGAAGAAAGAAGAAGGCGACGAUGCGGAUGACGAGGUGAAAAUCUUCUAUUGCUCAAGAACGCACUCUCAACUGAGUCAAUUUGCCGGCGAAUUGCGGCGAGUCACGUUCCCGUCCAGUAUACCUAGCGACCUUGAUCCAGAGAGCAAAGAUGACCUCUUCGCACUCGAAGAGCGUGUGAAACAUCUCUCGCUAGGUUCUAGGAAGAAUCUUUGCAUCAACCCCAAAGUUCGGGCUUUGGAGAACAAUACCGCAAUCAACGAAAUGUGUUUAGAUCUACAACAGUCCGGUGUUGCGGCUGAUAAGAAGUGCGCAUUCCUUCCAUCUAAAGACGAUGAGGCUCUAGCUCUUCAAUUUCGGGACCAUACUCUGGCGACAAUCAAGGAUAUUGAAGACAUCGGCUUGGUCGGUAAAGAGCUUGGAAUAUGUCCCUACUAUGCAUCCCGUCCGGUUAUCAAACAUAGCGAGAUUAUAACACUCCCAUAUCCACUGCUGCUGCAAAGAUCUGCCCGUGAAGCUCUCAAUCUGUCCGUCAAGGGUCACGUUGUCAUAAUUGAUGAAGCCCACAACCUGAUGGAUGCAAUCGCCGGUAUCCAUUCGGUAUCAGUCACACUGAAUCAACUGCAAACUGCCAUCACGCAGCUGACGGCAUAUGCUCGCAAGUUCAAGAAUCGGCUAAUAGGAAAGAAUCGGAACUAUGUUGCCCAAGUCAUUCGGCUGGUGAGCUCCAUUGCAAAUCAUCUACGGUCAAUCUCCCAACAAAAGGGGCAAUCAGAAGGAUCAGUGCAGGCGUCAGAUCUCAUGGCUGGCAAAGGAGUUGAUCAGAUCAACCCUUACAAGCUAACUCGGUAUCUUCAAGAAAGCAAACUCGCCCGGAAAGUGGAUGGGUACGUUGAAUCGACACAAGAGGCACAACCUGGCCGCUCCAAAGACAAGACCACUAUGCCGGUCUUGUUCCAUAUUCAAAGCUUUCUUCUUACAUUGAUGAACCCUUCAGAAGAGGGACGCCUCUUCUAUCAAAAAAGUCAAGACGAUACCAUGCUGAAAUACAUGCUUCUGGACCCUACCAACCACUUCCGAGAGAUUGCUGAAGAUGCCAGGGCCGUCAUAUUGGCUGGCGGUACCAUGUCCCCUAUGUCAGACUAUGUAAACCAUUUGUUCUCAUAUCUGCCUCCGGAGCGACUUGGUACUUUCAGCUAUGGCCAUGUUAUUCCACAAACCAACCUAGUGGCGCAGUCCUUGACGCAAGGGCUUUUGGGGUCUGAAUUCGAUUUCACCUAUGAGAAACGAAAUUCCGAAAAAAUGAUUGUCGACCUUGGACGCACCUUAGCAGCCCUUUGCCAAAUCAUCCCAGAUGGCGUUGUUGCUUUUUUCCCCAGUUAUGACUACCUAAGCCAGGUUGUGAAUAUCUGGAAGAAACCAAUACCCAACGGUAACGGUCAAUCCACCCUCGAUCUACUGGAACGAAAGAAGAAGGUUCUCUACGAGUCCCGUGAAGCAGUGACACCAACAGACGCAUUGCUACAGGAGUAUACCGAUGCAGUUGAAUCGGGAUCUGGGGCAUUGCUUCUUUCUAUCGUAGGUGGAAAGUUGUCAGAAGGCAUCAACUUUUCUGAUAAGCUGGGGCGAGGCGUCUUUAUCAUUGGCCUACCAUUCCCUAACAUUCGCAGCGCUGUCUGGCAGGCUAAGAUCCAGUACCUCGAGGAAAAGGCCUACAAGCAGGCCUCUGGUUCCGAGUCUGAAAGGAAAGCAGCAGGCAAAGCGGCCGGAAGAGACUUUUAUGAGAAUUCUUGCAUGCGAGCAGUGAACCAAUGUAUUGGGCGAGCUAUUCGACAUGUCAAUGAUUAUGCUGCAAUUGUCAUGAUCGACCGCCGAUAUGAUUCGCCUCGCAUCCAGGGAAAAUUGCCUGGUUGGAUUCGAGGGAGUCUGGUGCCAGCACCGCCCAGGCGGGCGGCUCAGAUGACCGUACAAAGACUUUUCAAGUUUUUCGCCGAAAAGAGGCGUAGCACAGAGCAAAAGUAA